CUGCGGGAGCUGCGGAGCCGGCGCCAGGGGAUGCUGAGCCUCAUGGAGAUGCUGAUCAUGGAGACCCAGAGCCAGGUGUGCAGGGCCCUGGCCCAGGUGGAUCGCGGCGCCUCCUUCACCGUGGACCGGUGGGAGAGGAAAGAAGGUGGUGGUGGUAUUAGUUGUGUGCUCCAGGAUGGCUACAUCUUUGAGAAGGCAGGUGUCAAUGUUUCUGUGGUUUUUGGGCAUCUUUCUGAGGAAGCAGCACAACAGAUGAGAAGCAGAGGGAAAAGUCUGAAGGCAAAAAAUGGUAAAUUGCCUUUUUGUGCCAUGGGUGUAAGCUCCGUUAUCCAUCCAAAAAAUCCUCAUGUUCCAACUAUACACUUCAACUACAGAUACUUUGAAAUUGAGGAAGCUGAUGGGACUAAACAGUGGUGGUUUGGUGGUGGAACGGAUCUGACUCCAACUUACUUGAAUGAAGAGGAUGCUGUUCAUUUUCACAAAACUCUGAAGGAAGCUUGUGAUCAGCAUAACCCAGAGCUGUACCCCAAGUAUAAGAAGUGGUGUGAUGAUUACUUUUACAUCAAGCACCGAGGAGAGCGAAGAGGGAUCGGGGGCAUAUUCUUCGAUGAUCUGGACUCUCCCUCAAAAGAAGAAGUGUUUCAAUUUGUGCAGAGCUGUGCCAAAGCCAUUGUGCCUUGCUACAUUCCCAUUGUGAAGAAACACUCCCGUGAUGCUUUCACCCCAGAGGAAAAGUUAUGGCAGCAGCUUCGUAGAGGGAGGUACGUGGAGUUCAAUCUUGUUUAUGACAGAGGCACAAAGUUUGGCCUUGCAACACCAGGAUCCAGGAUUGAAAGCAUUCUUAUGUCUCUGCCACUGACUGCCAGGUGGGAAUACAUGCACACGCCACCAGAGAAUUCCAGAGAAGCUGAAAUCCUAGAAGUCCUGCGCCAUCCCAAAGACUGGGUGCACUGAAUUAACAGCAUGGGGGAGAGGCUUAACUAUGAGCAAACAAUAGGAGCUCUUACCAACCAGCUCCCUCAAACUGCCAUUGUGUGGGUGUUCAAUGUUUAGACUUAUGUUCUUAUCAUGUGCCUUAAAAACGUUGUAAACUGGU